GCUGUUAUUCACAAGAAAAACAUGACUGAAAAAAUGAGUACAAUGUGAUUGUUAGAAUUCAUUUUGAAUUUUGUUUACUUUUGCAUUGUUUAUUGUUUAUAAUUAAAAAUGUUACCAAGAUUAUUAGAAUCUGGUUCCAAAACUACCAGACUUUUAAAUCUUUUGAAAGAUAAUUGUUUUUUCUCUCUUCAAGCCAGAGGAUUACGUUAUUGGUACAAAAAUCCUGGUUUACCCUUUCCUCCAAAUUACUACAAGUCUCAUCAAGUGUUUUACCCAUCAUUGGAAUCGAUUUUGAGAGAAAAAAAUCAAUAUGAAAAAGGUAUUAACAUGGUAAACGUUGGUUUAGAUAUACCAGCAUUAGCCCCAGUUUCUCGACGGCAAAGGCGUGAGGCUACUGCUGCUGCAGCUCAGAGAUCUAACCCGAUUAUUGAUUCUGAAGCUAAUCUGACUGAAGAUGAACUUUUGAAGAUGCUGGAAACAAAACAAGUCAAAUUGUCAUACUCUUAUGAUGCUCUAAACUACGCUUAUCUUCGCAGCAAAUCAGGUAUAAGUGCUAUAACUGAUUUGGCCCACCAUUAUGCUAUUUAUGAACAUUUAUUCAGUAACAAUUUGGAACGAAUAGCUGAUAAAACUUUACCUCACAAAAAAGUUGAUUACUGGCCCCAAAUGGAAAGAGAUUGGACGGAAGACGAACUUGUUAAAUUCAGUCCUGGUUCCAGAAAAGUGGAUCCUCCUAAUUUAUUGGAUGUUAAAUAUUUUCACCCAGUUGUACCGAUGACCAUUGAAUUCGCUGUUGACACAGAUAGUAAAUCUGAAGAAUUAACAGUUUCGCCAGUCUAUAGAGGAAAUCACAUCAAACCUUUUUAUACAAAAGUUAAACCAGAUGUUGUCAUUGAUACUAGUCUUUUAAAUGGAAAAACAUUAUCAUUUGAGGAUUUCCAAAAAGUCUUACCAAAUGGGAUUAAUCUGCUCGGUGAUAGUAAUAAUUUUUACACUUUAGCAUUAUUAAAUUUAGAUUCUCAAUUUGGUAAAUCCGAUCCUGUUUGCCAUUGGAUGGUUUCUAACAUUCACAACCAAUCUGAUGGAUCAACUGUACAUAAAGAAGUUAUCUCUUUCAUACCUCCUUAUGCAUUCAAUGGUUUUGGUUAUCAUCGUUAUGUUUUUAUGUUAUUACAGUCAAAAGAACCAAAAGAGCUACCCGAGAUUAACGAUGUUGAACUGAAAAAACGGGUUAUCAAUCUUAAUAGUUUACUGGACAAGGGAUUAACUCCUGUUGGUUUGUCGUGGUUCCAAUCUUCAUGGGAUGAAUCUUGUCGGGACAUUUUCUACAAUAUUUUGAACAUGAGAGAACCGACUUAUGAAUAUAUCCAACCUAAAGAAAAACUCGCAGAUCAAGCUAAAUAUCCAUCUUCUGCUGCUUUUAACAUAUAUUUGGAUGCUUAUCGAGAUCCAAAAGAGAUGAAUAAGGAAGCAAUAUUGGAAAGAUUGAAAGAAAUAGAUCCAUUUGAUUAUAAAACUAUUAUUCAUCCUCCCAAAUUGCCCCCUAAUAUACAUCCUCGAGUUCCUGGUUCUAAUGAGCGAUUUGCUGUACCAAGUUGGGCAUGGAACAACAUUUGGAAGAAACGUAACAAACUUGGAAGAUGGAGACAUCUCCGAAACGUAUCUGCUAUUAGACCUCUAAAUAACAAUGAAGAUCUCGAUUAUCCUAUUUGGCCAUUUGCAGCCGCUUUACGAUAUCCUAGCAGAUAUCCAUGGCGUCAUGGUGUCCGCAGACCUCACAGAGAAAGCAAAUGGGUUAUUCCCUUAAAUGAACAACCAAGUUUGCGUAUUCAAGACGAUGACAUCAAAGCACAGAGAAGAGAGGAAGCACAAAGAGAUUUGAAAGAACUAGAAAAAGUAGAGAGUAAAAAGUAAAUAUAUUCAAUAUAUUUGUAGCACUUUGAUGUACUGUAAAAUGAUAGUUGUGACAAAGACAAUCACAACACAAGUACAGUUUAUAUUACUUUAGUAAAACUAAGGUUUAUUGCCACUCCAUUGUUGUUUA